UGAAAAUGGUUCUGCAUGGCACAGGGCUCACCCUGACAGGCUGCGGUGUCUGGUCUGGAGCAGAGACAGUGGGCAGAGCACACCAGGCCUCCACGCCACGACCUUUCGCUGGGAAUCACCCUGCAGGGAAGGCUGACCCCAUGGCAGUGAGGGACAGAGGAGGUGGCUGCCCCAAGCAGGGAUGGAGCCCUGCCAGGCUGCGUGGCCACCGGGCACCUACCUUCCCCCAGACCUGGCCAGGGCACCCUGCCCAACAAUCCCCUCCCCGCACAGCGGGGCUGUGCUGGGACCUCAGCUGGCUGCAAGCCACCCGAGAACCCAGUCCAGUAGCUCCACAACGCUGCCCCGAAGCGCUGCGGCCCGGCUCCCCGGGGCUAAUGGAGCCGCCGCGGGAGGGCGGCGGCAGCGUCCCCGAAAUGGCGGCGGCGCUGCGGGCCGCCAAGCGGGCGCUGCGAGCGGAGCUGCGGCAGCGGCUGCGGGCGCUGGGCACGGCGGAGAAGCAGCGGCAAUCCCGCCUGCUGAGCCGCAAGGUGAUUGGGCAUUCAAGGUACCAAGAAUCCAAAAGAAUUGCAAUCUUUCUGAGCAUGCCAGAUGAAAUCCAGACAGAAGAAAUCAUUAAGGACAUUUUUAAGCAAGGCAAGGAGUGUUUCAUCCCACGUUACAAACCUGACAGCAAUCACAUGGACAUGCUAAAGUUAUCAUCAGCUGAAGACAUUUCUUCACUUACUUUGACAUCCUGGAAUAUUCUUCAGCCUAGUGACGAUGACAGUGCAAGAGAGGAAGCUCUUGCUGGUGGGGGUCUUGACCUUAUCUUCAUGCCAGGCCUUGGGUUUGAUAAAAAAGGCAACAGAUUGGGAAGAGGGAAAGGAUAUUAUGAUACCUAUCUUGAAAGAUGUAUGAAACAUCCCAGUGGAAAGCCUUACACGAUUGCCUUGGCCUUUAAGGAACAGAUUUGUGAAUCUGUGCCUGUGGCAGAAAAUGAUGUCCAAGUAGAUGAAAUCCUUUAUGAAGACUGCUGAAAGUAUCUUGAUACCAACCCGCCUUCAGAGUGACCGACUGAAGACUUCAGAUCCAUCAAUCACAACUUUUUAAUAGUCAUAUAUGAUGUUGGGAGCAAUAAAUACAUUAUUUGUAUUCAAACAAGAAAAUAAACACAAUGUAAAUGUGGUAAUAGUAAUGCAGAUUGCAUUGAUUUGCUUCUAAUUAGCAAAUAUCUGGAGUGAAUUCUUGUUCUAGAAUCAAUAAAAAUAAGAAUAUGUGACUGUUUAUUGCAGUAAGAAUCAUUUCUUCUCAUCAUACUUGUGGGAACAAGCUACUUGAUACCUAACAGUUUUAUUAUUCCAGUUUCAAAGUGAACUGUCUGCUGAUGACAUUUCUUGAUCCAUUCUGAUAUUUGUUAUGGUAAACUUUCUUAGUACUGAAAUAUUUUGUGCAUCUGUGAGCAAAACAAGAAACCACCAGAUAAGUCAUAGAGUAAGCUGGGCAAAAACUGGUGAUUCAAAAUAAGUUUUAAUUGAUUUUAGUGUAUGCAAGGAAUGUUGCCUGUUUAUUUGGCUCUGUGAUCUCGUAAUAAAAAGAAUAUCUGUUAAGAACAA